UGUCACAAAAUCGGCGGGAAACGGUUUAACUCACAAUCAGCUGUUCCGAACGUGAUACAUGUAUGUUUGCGAGAGAUACCUUUCAUCUCUAAAAUCGCGACAAAGCGACAAUGAAAUCGUGUCAAUUGUUCAUUCAUAUGUAAAGUGAGCACGAUGGAUACAAUUAGUACAGAAAAAUUUUACGGUGGUAAAGUGCGGAAACGCAAACUCAAGUCUAACGUUAGCUGGGUGAAAACAUAUCAGGUUAUGCCGUCGCAUAUAUUAGGCCCAACGCAAUAUUGGCGGGAAUUUCACAGACAAGUCGAUGCCUUGACAGCAGCCGCCGAAUAUAGCACUAAAACAGAUAUGCUUUGUAUAUUCGCAUAUCAACGGCCCAGCGAUGGUAGUCGCAGAUUUGUCGUCGCACAUCCGGAGGUCUAUUGGUGGUACUACAAGGCAAAACCGCAAGAAGAAAGAUGUUCAUACGAGGUAAUACCAAAAGAUUCACCAUGUUGGUUGUAUCUGGAUUUAGAAUACCUGAUCGAAUUAAAUCCGCUAUGCAAUGGAUCACGCAUGACCAAGACACUAAUAGAUAUUAUACGUGUAUAUUUACUUACUCACUAUCACUUGUUGUGUGAUAGAAAUAACUUUUUAAUACUGGACUCUACAUCCAGCACAAAAUUCAGCAGACAUGUGAUUUUCACUAUAAAGGAUAUGGCUUUUAAGGAUAACUCACAUGUUGGAAAGUUUAUCAAAACUAUAUACAAUGAUAUCAUGCUUUACCUACACUCAGAUGCACAGUCGCAUGGAAUUUUAAAUCAAUUUAAUAAAGCAGAUAUCAAAGAAAUGCUUGUGGAGACAAACCAUGGCAAAAAGUUGUUUGUUGACAAUAGCGUUUAUACAAAGAAUAGACAGUUUAGAGUAUACCUUUCCACCAAAUGGGGAAAACAGUCGUAUUUAACAGUCUCUGCAGAUUGUAUGCAUAAUCCAAUAAAUAAAUGCAGAGAAAAGGAGUUAGGAAUCUUUUUGGAUUCCAUGAUAUCGUAUUUUCCAAACAAACAAAAUUUAAUUCUGCUCGAGUUUUUUAAUCGGAGUGAUAUAAAAGCUCAACUUUACUCAAAGAUACCAAUGCAAUACAGUCACGAGGGCAAUAACCAGAUCUCACCAUACCCUGAAAUAGACAGAUAUGUUAGUAGUCUGGUUGAUCCCGGCAAGAUACGCAUUGUUAAAUAUUUCGAUAAAACCAACAUAUUGAGAUAUGAAAUUUAUGGUAACAGAUACUGUGAAAACAUUGGCAGGUAUCAUAAAAGCAAUAAUAUAUAUUGGAUAGUAGAUUUAAAUAAGAAAAAAAUGUACCAGAAAUGUCACGAUGAAGACUGCUCAGAUUUUUUGUCUACACCAAAGAGUUUGCCAGAAGAAAUUACUUUCAAGCUUGAUAUAGAAGGUGAUCUUCUUAUAUCCCAUGCAAUGGUAGAUGAAAAUAUUGCAUAACAAGAGAUUUAAAAACUAUUAUAAAUACACUCUUUAUAUAUGUAUGAGCAUAAAUAUAAUUUAUAUGAAAAUAUGUA